AUGUUUGUAGAAUACUGCUUUAAUCCAUCAUCAGAGGAAGAUGACCCAUCCUUUACAGCUUAUCAAUCGUUCCAUUCGUGUGUUGUGAUGCUGAUGGUGGUAUGUGGCCUUUUUGGAAUUACGAGCAAUCUGGGUCUUUCUGCUUCUUUGAGGGGCAACUUUAAAUUUCAACAGCUGAUCAAGAUCAUUCCCUUUGCUGACAGUUUGUUCGUUCUCUGCUCAAUAAUAGAUUCCUUACAGAGUACAUUCCAUACUACAAUACCUCAAUCCAUUCUCAGGAUUUACCCCAUCGUUCUCUAUCCUUUAUACAGGAUAACUAUCAGCUACUCUGUCCUACUAAGAGUUGCUCUUGGAGCAGAACUACUCUAUGGUGAUCAUGAAGAAAACUCUGGAAAAUUCUCGGCCACCAGUCCCUGUUUGAGCCUGCUGGUCGCUGUGUUAUUAAACACUGGAAAGUUCCUAGAAGUGGAGCUAGGGGAACUAUGCUGGGAUUUCAGGGAAUCAGCUGGAAAUUGAUGAAUUGUGAGACCUGA